UUAAUAAAGAGGAUUCUCUGGAAAAAAGUUUAGAUAAUAAAGAGGAUUCUCUAGAAACAAGUUUAGUUAAUAAAGAGGAUUCUCUGGAAAAAAGUUUAGAUAAUAAAGAGGAUUCUCUAGAAACAAUUAUGACUUUAACAACGAUAAAAUUAUUAAAGUGCAUGGAAUCGUUCUCAAAACAACGCACUGGGACAGAUGAAGUUACUCAAGCUGCACCUACUAAAUUACGUCAGCUGGUUUAUACCAUACUUGGCAUUCGGGGAUUUUCGGGAACUCCUAAUGAAGGCGAACAUCCAUUUAUCAUAAAAUUACGAGAUCUCAUUAUGGAAAACCUUAAUAAAUAUCGUACAAUAAAAGGCACACAGAAAAUAGACGAAAUUAAAUCUAUGGCUACAGAAUUAAUUCAUCAAAUUAUUUCGAUUUUUUGUUUUCGUCGAAAUAUUCAAGAACCUGUUGUCGAGUAUAAAUGGUAUAAAUAUUCUGACAAGGUUGAUCUAGAAUUUAUGGAAUGUCCAUUAGAUGAAGUUGAUGAAAUAAUGGUCGAUAUUUGUUCUUUUCCUUUAAUUGGAACUAAUCUUGAGCAUGAAGAUAAAUAUAAA